AUGCAGAACCUCUCAGAGGGAUUACUUAAAGCAGUAAGAAAAGCAGCUGAGACAGCUGAACUGGAAUUGAAGCUCUGUACAUGUAUGAGGAUUCUAAAUGAGAUUGAGACCUUGUAUAUGCAGUGGCAGGCCAAGACAGAGGCCAAACAACAAUUGACAUUCACUGCAGAUCAAGCAUUUACUAUGAAGAGCUUUAUCAACACAAUCAUCAUCAUUAAUAAGAAUAGAGAAAAUCAGAUCUUAGGCCUGCAGCAGGAGAUUGAACAUUUACAUAGAUAG